GUGUGACAUCAGCCAGUCCAGUAUACACCAGACAGGGAGGAACAGUAACAUUACAAUGUCCUGAUUCUGGUGGUAGUACAUCGUGGUCUGUCACUUCUACUGAAUUUAUUUACACCAUCGGAACACAAAUCAACCCGAACCUAGCAGACUCAAUAAAGACGAGACUUGCUGUUACCAACCAGAGUGGAAUCUAUAGCCUACAGAUCAGUAAUGUACAACUAUCAGAUGUCAGGGAAUACAGAUGUAGCAUUGGAUUAUCAGACACAUUCUAUCAUCUACUACUGUACAUUCCUCCAGGUUUUCCUAAGAUAGAAAACACAGUCAGUGUUGACGGUCAGAACAGAACAGUAGGAACGGAGAAUGGAAGUAUGACCUUGACAUGUAAUGCAUUUGGUGGUACUCCAGCGUCUAAUGUGUCGUGGAUUAAAGAUGGCGUCAUCCUAGUGACAUCAGCCAAUACAGUACAGUACAGAAAGGUCUUCACCCGAGCUGAUGACUUAAAUAUGUACACAUGUCACUCUAGUAGUCCAGCCCUGACCACUACUCAGACCAUCAGUGUGUUGAUAUACCUAGAUUUGAAGCCGAGACAGCCUACUAUAUCUGGCCAGAUGUCCCAGACAGAGAACACAGAUCUACAGGUAGUGUGUGAGUCUACAGGAAGUAGACCUGCGGCCGACAUUGAAUGGAAUGUUGUGGGAACAUGGCAGUCAAGUAAUCCAACAGAGGUCAAGGUCAUGGACAGUGCUACAGAAACCUACACCGUGACGUCAACACUCUCCCUCCGAGUCACACGUCAAGACAAUGGGAAGUCUGUGUACUGUAGAGCCAGUAACCGGGCCUUAUCUGGAGGGACUGAAUCAGAACGACAGACUAUAAUAGUAUUGUAUCCUCCUGACAUACAUAUCAGCUAUGUCAAUGUCACCUACAUGUCGUCAGACAGGAUAUUGACAUGUUCCCCUGAUGGUAACCCGGCAAUGUACCAGUUUGGACAAUGGCGACACACGGCGGAAGAUGGUACAGUGAUACGUCAGUUUACCGGAAUUUCCAGUUCCACAGAGUCGAUCCUAACCUUACCUGAUCCUGAUAUUACACGGCGGUAUGAGGACACAGGGUACUACAUAUGUUCAGCCUCCAACGACAUCCCGGUAUCCAAUUCAUACAUGUCUGGAUCAGUCUUCUUUGUUGUAGAAGCGCCCCCAGUGGUAGUGAGCAAAUCAUCAAUAGUCGAAGGAGAAAUAGAGAACAGCGUGUCGAUAGUAGUAGAGAUCUACAGCAGAUCAGAACUCAGUGCUGGUGACAUAACUUGGACUAAAGUAGCAGCAGCUGAAAAGUCAUCUUUUCCUAAUAGAUUUGUGAUCUCGUUUGGUGUCAGAUUGAUAACGACGUCGUUUCAUGGCGUUGACGUAAUGAUUCAAGGUUAUGUGGCAGUCCUGAACAUAAAUUCAUUGUCUGUUACGGACUUAGGUAACUACAGUGUAACAAUCGAAAAUCGGAUUGGGGUUAAACAUCACACUGUUACACUUAUCGCUACAGGUCCGCCGUCACCGCCGUUAUAUGUGUUACAAUACCAAGUAACGUGGAAUACUAUUACAGUGCAGUGGAUCCGGAGUUCGGAUAUAGGACAGACCGAGUCCUUUGUUAUUGGCUACAGAUCUGACGUAACCAAAGACUUCGUCAACUUGGACGCCAUUCCGGACAGUCGGCAGUCUGUCAUGUUGUACACGAUCGAAGGAUUGAUGCCCGAUACCAUUUACUAUAUCCAAUUAUAUGCACAAAACAGCAUAGGCACGAGUGAUAAGAUAUUCCUGAAUUGUUCAACAACUCCAAAUUGUCAGUCUAAAGAUCUUGAAGAAUUGAUUUCAACAAGAGCGGCCCUCAUAGUUGUGACAUCCAUUCUCGCUCUGAUGAUUGUUAUCAUAGUGGCCGGGUGUUUUAUAUACCGUACAAGGAAACCUUCAGUCUGUUUCAAGAAAGGCGCUGCGAGGAGAAUGGAAAAUCAACAAACAAGACAAGACGACGGUAAAGGUACCGAAAACGACUUUAAUCAAUUGUCGACUUACGAAAGUAUCAAUAUUGAUGAUGUGAGUCCACCAAAUGUUUAUGAAGAUAUUCGCAAACGAGACCAAUUGACGAGCGCUGAAAACAGGGGUGGAAAUACCUAUGAGGCUCUUGGAAGAAAAGCAGCACCAAACGUAUAUGAAGAACUGUCAAAGACGAAAUGAAUACAUGUUGAUAUUUCAUUAAGAUUAUGUUUAAUUGGAAAUAUAUUCGAAAAACGAUAUAUAAAUAUAUACAUAUGUAGAUUUCAUUUCAUUUUGUGAUUACCAUAUUUCAUCUUUGAACCUUUAGGCAUGUUAUGUCCGCUUUUAUGUUUAUU